AUGGCGAAGAAUAAACCGCCCGCGCCGCUUAUCUCGUCCUUAAAGCCCGGACUGCCCCCGCCGCAUCCAACGGCUUCGUCAGGCCGGUUGCAGCGAGCUCACAGCGAUGCUGCGAAGAGGGUUCAGUUCGCGACAGGUGGCAUGUCGCCAUUGGAGGAACAGCUACACGGAGCCGGCGCUGCUAGUCAUGCCACGUCGACAGUAGACAGCCAGAGUGAGUCCGGUUUCGUUUUGGUUGCCUGGAAUGGCGUGGAGGAGGGGUUUGCUGGGGUGGUAGAGUGGGUGCUUGGCGGAAGAGGGACGUGUUGGGGCGAGCUGAGGCGCACACAGACGCUCGACUCGCACUCCUUGUAUCCCGACCUUGAUAAGAUCAUGGGUUCAGAGGAGAAUGAACAGGGGGUGGACUUCUGGAAGGUUCGGUCAACGAGCCUGGAGGUUCGGAUCAAAGAGGCAGAGGACGCUCGAGCGAGCAUCACUGCCCAGGCCGUGGCUCUGGCACAACGCAACCAGGAGCUGACGGGCAGACUGAGGCAGUUUCAAGAGGAGGGCGACACGGCAGCCUUUGCAGCAUUGGAACAACAACUGACAGACGUCAAGCUGCGCCUCGACCGCGGCCUCCACGAAUGCUCCUCCCUCGCCGGCACCAGCAGCAGCAGAGCAGCGCUCGGAGGGGCUCUGGGGAUGGAUCCCUCUGGAAACAUCACCAUGAACAUGAUCCCGAACAGCAGCAGCGGAGGAGAUUUGGCUGCAUUAGGGUUAGGGUCUGCGAGGAGAAUGGGCGCUGGGAGUUAUUUUCCCGAUGCUGCUGGGGCUGCUGGGGGCGGAGGGGGAUUCGUGGGGGGAAAGGGGGGUGGGAAAGGAGGGAGCAUGGGAGGCGGGGCGAGCGAGGGGUUGAAUCUUCAGGUGGCUUUGGAGAGAGCGCCGUUUAUGAUCGCGCACCUGGACACGAGUUUGAGAUACACCUGGGUGUUCAACCACAACUUGCUGGUCAAUCAGGAUAUGAUUGGGAAAAGGGACUAUGACAUUCUGCCACGUGGCACUCUAGGAGUGGAGGAGGCGAUGGAGAUCAAGCAGCGGGCGCUGGCCACAGGCAAGGCGCAGCGGGGCGAGGUGGUGUGGCAGCUUCCUGGAAGGCCCCCCAUGGUGUGGGUGACAACUGCCCGGCCAAUCAGGGACGAGAAGGGGCGGACUGUGGGAGUGACUACAUCGAGUGUGGACAUAACAGAGGAGGCGCAGUACAAGGAGCGGCUGAUGGCACUGAGGGCGGAGUUGAUGGUGCGCAGCACAACGGAGAAGGAGCUGCUCUCUCGCCUCUGCUCCUCACCCCCUCUUCCCCUUCAUUCCCCACUCCCUCUUGUUGCUGCUGCUGCUGCUUUACCCCUUCCCUCCUUCCCCACCCCCUUCCCCCCCCUCCCCCCCCACCAGGCGCAGUACAAGGAGCGGCUGAUGGCUCUACGAGCAGAGAUGAUGGUGCGCAGCACAACGGAGAAGGAGCUGCGGCGCGCAUACGAGCUCACAGAGGACGCCAUGCGCGCCAAGUCCAUGUUCCUCGCCAUCAUGUCCCACGAGAUCCGCACCCCCCUCAACGGGAUCCUCGGAUUGGCCGAAGUUCUGCUCGAAUCUGGAGCGUUGGAUGAGGAGCAGCGCGAGAUCGUCGAGACGAUGAUGUCAUCGGGCGUGAUCAUAUCGGAUAUUCUCGCGGAUAUUUUAGAUCUCGCGAGUAUGGAAGCGGGAGAGAUGAAACUCGAGGAGCAUCCCUUCGAGCCGGUAGCGGUGGUGAAUCAUAUCCUGAAAAUGGCCAUGGCUGCCACUAAAGAGAAGGGGAUUAAAGUCCUAGCGGAUAUUUCUCCGGAUAUUCCGGCGCAGAUUUUAGGAGACGAGCUGCGGGUCCGGCAGGUGAUAAAAUACCUGGUCUUAAACGCGAUUAAGUUCACGCACACGGGGCAUAUUUUGCUGCGGGUGUCGGCCCAUGACAGGGAUCCCUCUGCUUCUAUUGUGAAGGCCACUGGCGCGUAUGCUGUGGGGGGGUGGAACGUUGCCGGAGGUGGAGGAGCAGGAGGAGGAGGAGGGGCAGGAGGGUCUGGAGCUGCUGCUACUCUAGGCCGGGGGAAAGGGCUGGCUGUGGAAAUGCACAGUCAUAAUAAGGGCGCGAGGGCAGGGGGAAGCGGGCGGUUACCGCUGUUGUCCGAUGUUACGGAGGAGCAUUUGAAGAAAUUGGCAAGUUUGGGGAGUUUGGAGCAGGCAGCGCCGCUACUGGCUGAGCUUCCGACUGAGGAGUAUGGAGAGGAGGAAGAGGAGGAGGAGGAUGGGGAUAGCGAGAGGACGAGAGGGGAGGAGGAAGGAGGGAUGCUGAGACCUGGAGGGGGAGGGGCAGGAGGAGGAUUCUGGGGCUCGAUCGUACCAGCAGGGGCCGAGAAGGGGAAGGGGAAAGCGGCGGCAGCGGCAGAAAGGCAGAUCGGCGGGGAUAUGGACGUGUGGUUGUGGUGCGAGGUGCACGACACAGGCGUGGGGAUCCCUAAAGACGCCUUCCCGCUCCUCUUUGAGAAAUUCACUCAAGUGGAAGGCGGGCCGACGAGAGCCUACGGAGGCACAGGGCUAGGCUUGUCUAUCUGUAAACAGUUAGUAGAGUUAAUGCAUGGGAAGAUGGCGAUUAAAUCGAAGGUCGGGACGGGGUCGGUGUUUGCGUUCUCCGUGUGCUGCCAGCGUACUACUCCCCGCUCCCGCCCCGCGUCGCCCACGGGUGCGAGCGCGAUUGCUGCGGCUGUGAACGCGCCGUUUGGGUUUCCCAAGAGUGUGUCUGUGUCGGGGCCUUCGCCUGGGUCGGUGGCUCGGGCGUUGUCGCCUGUGAGGGAGCAUAUGGGGCAGGUGAGGGGAGGAAUGGGGGAGGGCGAGGAGGAGUAUACCGAAGAUGAGGAGGGGGAGGAAGAGGAGGAGGAUUAUGAGAGUGAAUAUACGGAUGAUUCGCCGAUUGCCAUCACACCCAAGCACUUGCGUCAACCACGGGGAGCAGCAGCAGGAGGAGGAGGAGCAGGAGCAGGAGCAGCGGGGGUGGGAGCAGGGGUGGUGGGAGGGGGGUUGGCGGGGCUGCUAGCCCGAGCCAAGGCGAUGAAAGGGGAGGUGGGGGGGUCAGGGGAGGGGCUAUCUGGGGGAGGUGCAUCUGGGGCGGGCGCCAUGGCAGGUGCUGGGUCGCUGCCUUCUCUGUCUCCUGCAUCGGCCAAAGGCCCAGAGACGAAAAUCUUGGUGGCUGAAGACAACCCCGUGAACGUGAUGGUGCUGCUCUCCAUGCUCAAGCGCCUGGGGCUGCGAGCCACAGUGGCCAAGAACGGUGUGGAGGCGUUGGAAGCGGUGAGGAGGGAGCGGUUCGACCUGCUGCUGUCGGACCUCUGCAUGCCGCUCAUGGAUGGGCUGCAGCCUGUUACACAAAACUGGCUCACAUUGAUUGAGGUAGAGGCGGUGAGGGGGGAGCAGUUUGACCUGCUGCUGUCGGAUCUCUGCAUGCCGCUCAUGGAUGGCCUGCAGGUGGACUAUCUGAUUCGGCAGUAUGGGCGCACAGGAGUGUUUCCAGAGGAGGAGGUGGAGCGAGCAAAGCACAGGGGAGCGCCGGCAGGGGAUGAGAAAUCCGGGCUGACCUGGCAACCGCCCUCCAACCUCCCCCUCUCCUCCCCCUCUCCUCCCCCUCCCACCUUCUGCUUGCCUGUUUCAUUCACGCCGUGCCACCUGUGCCAAAUGCUAUCUGCCUUCCUGUCUGUCUUUCAAUCCGUCCCGUUCAUCUCUACCCCAACCACAGGCAGCCUACCUGAUCCGGCAGCGGCCUACCUGAUUCGCCAGUACGAGCGCACGGGGGUGUUUCCAGAGGAGGAGGUGGAGCGAGCAAAGCAUAGAGGAGCGCCAGCAGGGGAUGAGAAAUCCGGAAUAGCCUGGCAACCCCCCUCCAACCUCCCCCUCUCCUCCCACUCCCACCGCUUGCCCUGUCUAUCCUCAACCCAAACCCGACAGGCAGCCUACCUAAUCCGGCAGUAUGAGCGCACGGGCGUGUUCCCAGAGGAAGACGUGGAGCGAGCAAAGCACAGGGGCGCGCCGGCAGGGGAUGAGAAAUCUGGGCUGACGUGGCAACCGCCCUCCAACCUCCCCCUCUCCUCACGCCGAGGGGCCCUGCCCCGCCUCCCCAUCAUAGCCGUUACUGCAAACGCUCUUAAGGAGGAUGAAGAGCGGUGCUAUGCGGUGGGGAUGGACGGGUUCCUGGGGAAGCCGGUGCAGUUUCCAAAGCUGAAGGAGGCGAUCGGGGAGUUUAUAGAACUCCCCGGGUCACGAUUGCUGCAAGGAGCUGGGAGUGGUGGGGGUGGAGGAGUUGGGAGAGGGGGAAUUGGGCAAUCUAACCCCCCUUCGGGCGCACCAGGAGGGUUAUUAUCCAUGGGGAGCGGGGUAGCAGCGCUCCUAGCAGGUAUCCCCCCACAAGCCGCCGCCCCUGGCUUUCCAGCCCCGUCCAAGCUCUCAGGCAGCGUUCAGCGUCUCGUAGUGCCCGCCCGGCCGAGCAGCUACAGCGGAUCGGGGUCGGCGAGUGGGAGCAUGACUUACACAGGGGAUGAGGAGGAUUAUCAAGGAGAAGAGGGGGAAUUUGAUGAUGAUUAUGAUGGGGAGUAUGAUGAUUACGAGUCGACUGUUUACUCGCCUAGAUCUGCAGCGGUACGGCGUGGUGCCAGGACUCCAGGAGGGGCGAGCACGGCCAGAACCCCCGGGGGUGCGAGUGUGGCUAGAACCCCUGGAACUACCAGAAGCUUCCGAACGUCGAUGUUUUACGAUGGGAGGGAGGAUAGGAGCGUGUAUGGGGGAGCAGGGAGUGUGUAUGGGGGGACAGGGAGUGUGUAUGGGGGCGCGGAGAGCGUGUAUGGGGGCGCGGCUAGUAGCGUGGGGGGGUAUAGUCGUGCCACAGGGGGGAUGGGAGGAGGUGGAGGCGGGAUGGGAGGAGGAAUGGGAGGAGGGAUGGGAGGAGGAAUGGGAGGAGGGAUGGGAGGGUUGAGAGGGAUGGGAGGAGGGGUGGGAGGUGCAGGAUUAGCAGCAGGAGGGUUAGCAGGAGGAGGAGGGCUAGGAGGAGUAGGAGCAGGGGGGCUGACAGGAGCAACAGCUGCGAAUAUAGCAGCCCUGCGCUAUCUAACUGCCCGUGCUGCAGGAAUGGGAGGGCCGGGGUCUAUAGGGGGGAGCUCCCUGUCGUCGUUUUCUAACCUGCAGAGGAAUUCGGCUCAAGGAGGGAGGCUUUUAGGAGGGAAUUUGGCUUAUAACGGAGGCGCUUAUAAUGCAGCCUUGGGUGGUGGGGCGGGUGUUGGGGGAGUGGGAGGGGCAGGAGGCCUGGGCGGAGGUUUGGCAGGAGGCUUCGGAGGAGGUAUGGGAGGAGGUUUGGCAGGUGGUUUGGGAGGAGUGGGAGGAAGAAUGGGGGGAGGAUUGGGUGGGACAGGUGGGAUGGGUGGACUUGGGGGUUCGUCCUUCCAGCAGUUGCAGCAGCUGCAGCAGCAGCUACAGCAGCAGCACCAGCAGCAACAGCAGCAGCAGCAGCAGCAGCAGUUGUUGAGUAACUAUGGCGGAUUGGGAGGAGCAGGAGCAGGGUUGGCAGGAGGAGGGAUGGGAGGGAUGGGAGGGAUGGGAGGAGGAGGGGUGGGAGGAAGGAGGAGGCCUAUAGCGAGUGCCACUGUAGCGGGUAAUGGUGGUGCUUUUCUGAGGCAAAACGUGGGAACAGGUGGCAAUGCUGCUGGUUCUGCUGCUGGUGUUGCCGGUGCUGGUGCUGGUGCUGCUGGUCGUGGUGGUGGUGGUGCUGGUGCUGGUGGUUUGGAUGUUAAUGGUGAUGGUGGUGGUGGCUUCGGUGGUAUUGGUGGUGGAAGGGCGAACGGUAUUGGGACAGGUGGAUUAGGAGGAGGUGGAUUAGGAGGAGGUGGGUUUGCCGGUCAGGCAGCAGGUGGGAUGGCAGGAGGAGCACCAGGUGGUAUUUCAGGUGGAAUUUCAGGAGGGAAUGCGGUCCCUCCUCCCCCUGCAGGGGCCUCUCAGGCGCAGCAGCUUCAGUACCUGAUUCAGCAGCAGCAGAUGCUACUAGCUCAGACACACGCUCAGAUGCAAGCGCGGCAGCAGCAGCAACAGCAGCUGCAGCAACAACAGCAGCUGCAGCAGCAGCGGCAGCAGCUGCAGCAACAGCAACAGCAAUUGUUGGCAGCAGGAGGGUUGGGGAGGAAUUUAGGGGGAGGUAUGGCUGGUGGCGCGGGGUUAAGUGCUGGUGGUGUGGGGGCUAUGGGGUUAAGUGCUGGCGGCAUGGGAGGUAUGGGGUUAAGUGGUGGUGCACUUAGUGGUGCUGGUGUUGGGGGUUUGGGAGGAGGUUUGAUGAAUCGAGGAGGAAUGGGAAUGGCUGGUAUGGGAGCAGCAGGUCUGGGAACAGCAGGGAUGGGAGUGGCAGGUUUGGGAGCAGCAGGCUUGGGAGCAGGAGGGAUGGGAGCAGCAGGAAUGGGAAUGAGAACAGGAGCAUUGGGAGUAGGAGGGAUGGGUAAUGCAACCUCUCUAGCAGCACUAGGUUUAGGAGGAGGAGGAGCAGGAGGGCAAUUGCGAAGUGAAUUUCAAGGAAUGGGGGGGGCAGGGGACAGAGGAAGAGGAGGAAUGGAAGGAGCAGCAGGAGGAGCGGCAGCAGCAGGAGCAGGAGGAGGAGGAGGGGUGCGGGGCACUGUAGCAGCUCGAGUCGCCCCUCAGCGUCGCCCGGAGUUCCUGGCCGGUGCGGUUACCAGCGAGAGCAGGUUCGGCGAGGAGAGCUACAGUGAGAGCGAGAGCACAAACGCCCGGAGCCGCGGCAGGUUCGGCGGAGGUCCGGGAAUGGGCCGCGAAGGCUCAGGGAUCGGGCAGAGCAUGAUCGGGGGGAGCUCGAGAGAGGGUGGAGGGUCUGUCACUUCGUCUAUGCUGAAAGGGAGUGUGGGGGCGGGACUGGGGGGGGUGAAUCUGAGAGAUGGGGGGUUUGUGAGUAGGUAUGGGCAGAGCCCGUAUCCCAGAGCUGGGGCGAGUGGGGGUGGGGGUAAGUGGAGUGAAAGCCAUACAUCCCGAACCACUUCAUCAGCUAAGGGCAGGGACCUUGACAGGAGAGGUAUGGGAGGAGGUAUGGGAGGAGGGAUGGGAGGAGGGAUGGGAGGAGGGAUGGGAGGUGGGAUGGGAGGAGGGAUGGGAGGAGGGAUGGGAGGAGGGGGAGAAGGGGAUGGGGGGAGAGGGGGGUAUCAAGGAGGGUCCCCUCCUAGGAUGGCUGCAGGGCAAGCGGUUUCAGCAGCAGCAGCAGCUGCAGCGGCAGCGGCUGCAGCAGCAGCAGCGUCGCAGAGAGCACUAGCAGCCACUUCUGCCGGAGCUGCAGCUAUGGCAGGCCGAGCCGAGAUGGUUCGGGAGGAGGAACGGGCCGAGCGGCGCCGAGCCAAAGCCGCAGCUUCGGCAGCAGGGUUAGGAGAUAGAGAGAGAGGUGGGGGCGGUGGAGGGGGGUAUAGAGAUGGGAUGGGCAUGGGGAGAGAGGGUGGUGGUAUCAACGGCCCAGAUCAGGUGUUUGGGCAGCAGAGGGAUUGA